AUGGUACCUCUCCCCCUCUGUAAUCCACUGGUUGGUCGAUGCUCACCCAUUUCCCUAGGCCGCUCUGCGCUGUCGCAGUCAACGCGGACCAGGGUAAGGUCGUAUGCGGACAGCAGAAGUGUCGACAACCCGACCUUCCGACCGUCAGAACGAGACCCCAAACCUCGUCCCGCGAUACCGGGCCACCCCGAUGAACCGUCCAGCAUUCUCGACAGCACCAGCAAGCCCCCUACGGCGGCGACGCGGACGGUGGAAGAAAAGCUCGAAGACCAGAAAAAGUCGAUGCAAUCCCUCCACGCCGACGUCAACGCCCACAUCAUGGCGCGGAUCCAGAGCUUCCACAGCGAGCCCGCCGCGCCGCUCUCGACGAGCGAAGUCAAGAGGGAGAGGCCGGCGCCCCUCGAGAAGCCCAAGCGCGUCGACACCACGCCGUUCAGGAACCUGCAGGACCUCAACCGGCACCGCAGGCGCGAGCAGAGGGAGGCGCGCAGAGUCACGCACCUCGUCCAGACCUACGACCCAAACUCGCUCCUCCGGGACCCGCCGACGCCGUCCAGACUCACGCUGCCCAUGCUCCUCGCGAACCAGACGCACCUCGGCCACGCCACGUCGCUCUGGAACCCGGCCAACAGCAGCUACAUCUUCGGCGUCAGGGACGGCAUCCACAUCAUCUCCCUGGACGCGACGUACGCCUACCUCCUGCGCGCGGCCAAGGUCGUUGAGGAGGUCGCGAGGCGGGGCGGCAUCAUCCUCUUCGUCGGCACCCGCGACGGCAUGGAGGACAUCACCGUCAACUCGGCCAGGCUGGCCGGCGGCUACCACAUCUUCCACCGUUGGGUCCCCGGCAGCUUGACCAACGGCCAGCAGAUCCUGGGCUCGGGCCGCGUCAAGGUCGUCGACAUCCACGACAACGAGCUCGAGGAGUACAGCAGGAAGUUCACCCCGGGCAACCACACCCCCAUGAGGCCCGACCUGGUCGUGUGCCUGAACCCGCUCGAGAACCAGGUCUGCCUGCACGAGUGUGGACUGUUCAGCGUGCCCACCAUCGGCGUCAUCGACACGGACGCCAACCCGACCUGGGUGACCUAUCCCAUCCCCGCCAACGACGAUUCGGCAAGGUCAAUCGCCCUCAUCGGUGGCCUGUUGGGCCAGGCGGGCAAGGAAGGACAGAGGCGGCGGAAGCUCGAGGCCAUGCGUGGCGAGGCCACAUACCCCCACGACCAUCUCGGCAAGCUUUUUGAACAGAUGGACUUGAGGGCUUCGAUGAACGCCGAGUCAGAGCAGUAG